AUGGAGGCUACAAAUCAGACUGGGAUGAUUCGCUUCCACUUCCGCCCCUUCUCCAAACUCCCCGAGGUGCAGAUGCUGAUCUUUGUGGCCUUCCUCAUCAUGUACCUGGUCAGCAUCGGCGGCAACGGCUCCAUUUCUCUCAUCAUCUGGAUCAACCAUUCCCUGCACACCCCCAUGUACUUCUUCUUGGCCAGCUUGGCGGCUCUGGAGAUCUGCUACUCCUCCACCAUUGCCCCUCUGACUCUGGCCAGCGUCCUGUCCGCGGAGAGAGCCCUCAUCUCCCUGUCUGGCUGUGGUGCCCAGAUGUUCUUCUUCAUCUUCCUGGGCAGCGCUGACUGCAUUCUACUAGCUGUCAUGGCCUAUGACAGGUUUGUGGCCAUCUGUCACCCUUUGCGUUACACCCUCAUGAUGAGCUGGCCGUUGUGCGUCCAGCUGGCCUUGGGGUCUCUGGUGCUGGGGUUCAUCUUGGCCAUGCAGCUGACUGUGCUCAUCUUCCAACUCCCCUUCUGCCUCAGCAAGGAAAUCAGCCUGUUCUAUUGCGAUGUCCUCCCUGUACUGAGACUGGCCUGUGCAGAUACCUGGGUCCACGAGGCCAUUCUGUUUGUGGUCAGCCUCACCGUCCUCACCAUCCCCUUCCUGCUUAUCGCCCUCUCCUACGUCUUCAUCGUGGCCGCCAUCUUGAAGAUCCGCUCCGCAGAGGGGAGGCGCAGGGCCUUCUCCACCUGCUCCUCCCACCUGACUGUGGUCCUGCUCCAGUACGGGUGUGGAAGCCUCGUCUACUUGUGCCCCAGCUCCAAGUACUCUCCAGAGAGGGGCCAGGUGGUGUCUGUGGUUUACACAUUCAUCACCCCGGUGCUGAACCCCUUGAUCUACAGCAUGAGAAACAGAGAGCUUAAGGAUGCUUUGAAGAAAACAAUGAUGAGGCUCCUGUUGUCCUAA